AUGCCGUCGACCCCUACGCGAGACACAGGCCUCGGCCUCCAAGGCCAGGGUCCGACUCAGACCCCCGGCCAGGGCACGCGCUCAUCCCUGAGCGCCGAGCAGCGUCACGCCCAGAAGGCAAGAUUCAGGGCCACGUCCUAUCCGCGCAGGCGGGCCGUCACCGCGUGCGAGAGCUGCAGAGUCCGAAAGACCAAGUGCGACAACGAGCGGCCGCGGUGUUCGGCAUGCAUCAAGAACGAUGUGUCGUGCUCAUACGACCCCCGACUAGAUCACUCCUCGUUCGACCCCGCGAGCCUCCUGAUCUUGGAGAAGCUGAAUGAAGUCAGCUUGAAGCUCGACAACAUCGGUAGCACAGCAGCAGGCGCGCAGGUACCCCGAGCCGCACAACCGCUCGUGUGGGAUGUGGGGGCCAUCGGGGAUUCUCUUGGUGCCGACCAAGUUGCCGACCAACUCGCCGAGCCCGUGCAGGUCGUCGACGAGCUGUGCUCAAUUGACUCCCUCGAGGUCUCGGCAGUAUUUGCAUCCACCGACCACCUCCUGACGUGGCCCAUCUUUGCUGGACAAUGGCCCAAGGACUUGCUCUCGCAAGAGCUCCUCGCUGGCAGUUUUCAAUCCAGCCAACCCGCUACAGAGGAGUCGACUCCUUCAGUACAGCAGCACCAGAAGCCGGGAAUACGUGAAGAAGACGCCCCUCAACUGGUUGAUCGGUUCCUGCACUUUGUGUACCCCAAGAACCCCAUUCUCUAUACCCGUCAAAUCCGUGAGUAUGCCAGGAGGAUCGCAGAGGAUGGCUUUGGCUGGGAUGCCCCAUCCUGCCUUGUGCUGCUGGCGUGUGCUCUAGGAGCCAUUGCUCUCCCCUUUGAUCCAAUUGACGAGGAGGGCAAGUUGCAUGGACGAUACUCAGUGGAUGAAGUGGCCACGCGGCAUCGGACUGCAGAAGCAUAUUUCCAAGCAGCUCGCAAGAGACUGGGGUUGCUUGAGAUCGGCCUGGCGGCAAGUCAAUGCCACAUGCUCUGCUGCAUAUUCUUGUUCUACACGAUGCGGCCGAUACAGGCAUGGUCAGCGACUCAUCAAGCUGCGUCGACCCUUGCGCUUCAUCUACAGGCCCAAGCUGCCUUGGAGAAGCGGGGAGACAGGACACAGCAGAUGACGGACCUAUCCGAGAAACGCCUAGAACAGAGGCUCUAUUGGACCGUACUAAAGUCAGAGUGCGAGGUCAGAACUGAGCUCGACUUUCCUCAGUCUGAUCUCUGCAAGCUGAACUAUCCCUAUCUGUUCCCAUCGCCGCCGACUCCGAGUCCUCCUAGUCCGGUGCAGAGCCCCCAGGGCCCGACACCGGCUUCUAUAGCAACGCCAUCCACUCAGGCAACCUCGACCAUGUCGUCAUCAUCGUACCAAAAGGUCGAAGAGCAGUCCUGGUUCUACUACCUCAGCGAGAUCGCGCUCCGCCGAAUCCAAAACAGGGUGCUCAAUGCAUUCUACAAACAAGAUCACGAGUCUUGGGCCCGCAUGGGUGUGGAGCGCAUGGCAUCCAUUGCUUCAGGCAUCGAAGAUCAGUUGGCAAUAUGGUACUCGUCUUUGCCAGAAUCCAUCCGCUUCGAUAACCUCGGUCCCGACCAACAGUUCGAUGAGCUUCGAUUGGUGACCCAAGGCCGCUGCCAGACGAUCAAAGAACUGCUAUACCGACCGUUCCUCUACCUCGCCAUACAUUCUCCCGAGGCCUCGAAUGACACAAGCACCGGCGCGACUCUGGCCAGCUUCGUCGAAAAGGCAUUGGACAUCUGCAACCAGUUUCACACUGGCCUCUCGAUAACCCACCGCCACCACGGCACAUGGUACGGACUCAGGGUAUCGGCGGCCACCGGUCUGAUACUCGUUGCCGCGAACAUGAGAGGUCUAAUCACCUGGACCUCGACUCUGGACAAUGGCGAGGUGCAGGAGAACAGAUACGGACGUGCCAUCCGAAUAUGCAUCGAAAAGCUUCGUUACUGGGAGGCCGAGAGCCCUGACAUCAUGCGGGCACGCGAGAUACUGGAGCAUCUACUAUUCAACGGGGCGGGUUGA